CGCUCCGUAAAGGUGUCAGUCGUCACGCCCGGAAGGGUGAAGUGGGACCAGGCCAGCUUGAAGGGAUGAGAUAUUAAAGAUUGGACUGAUACGUAUGACCAGAAUUAUAUUUAAACCAUGAGUGAGCCGGAGCUGUUGCUGGAUUCCAAUAUCCGACUAUGGGUGGUGCUUCCCAUAGUUUUCAUCACCUUCUUUGUGGGGAUGAUUCGCCACUAUGUGUCAAUACUGCUGCAGAGUGACAAAAAGCUCACUCAAGAGCAAGUGUCUGAUAGCCAAGUUCUAAUUCGAAGCAGAGUUCUCAGAGAAAAUGGGAAGUACAUUCCAAAACAGUCCUUUCUAACACGGAAGUAUUUCUUCAAUAAUCCUGAGGAUGGGUUCUUUAAGAAAACUAAAAGGAAGGUAGUGCCCCCCUCCCCAAUGACAGAUCCUACCAUGUUGACAGAUAUGAUGAAAGGGAAUGUAACGAAUGUACUGCCGAUGAUCUUAAUUGGCGGCUGGAUUAAUAUGACUUUCUCAGGUUUUGUUACAACAAAGGUCCCUUUUCCUUUGACACUGCGGUUUAAACCAAUGCUGCAGCAGGGGAUUGAGUUGCUUACUUUGGAUGCAUCCUGGGUAAGCUCUGCUUCCUGGUAUUUUCUGAAUGUAUUUGGACUUCGAAGCAUUUAUACCCUCAUCCUUGGCCAAGAUAAUGCUGCUGACCAGUCCAGAGUAAUGCAGGAGCAGAUAACAGGGGCAGCAAUGGCCAUGCCUGCAGAUACCAAUAAAGCAUUCAAGACUGAAUGGGAGGCUUUGGAGUUGACUGACCAUCAGUGGGCACUAGAGGAUGUGGAAGAAGAACUCAUGGCUAAAGACCUCCGCUUUGAAGGCAUGUUUAAGGAAGAAUUGCAGACAUCCAUGUUCUGAGCUGGUUUAGUAGCUGGUGUUAAAUUGGUUAUGUACAGUGUAUUCUGAUGGUCAGAAUAAACAGAAUCAGAACUUCUGUGAGCUGUGUAGCUACAGGAGAUUUUUGCUUCUCCUCUGAUGUCUUCUUUUAUUACAGCUCAGGUGUGUUGGAAACUGACAGGAUGAGCCUGGUUAGAACAUAAAUGACUAACUUGGAACCAUUUAUCAGGCUUAAUAAUAAGGCUGCAAUGUGUACUUGGUUGAUUUUUUUUUUUUUACAAUAUAAAGUUAA